AUGGCCAUGGCUCAGCGCCCACGGCCUGGGUGGGCCUCCUAUCACUACUACCCUGCCUACCACCAGCACAACAACAACUGCCAGGACGUGGGCAACUCCAUCCUUUUGCUCUUGGGCCUUAUCAUCUGCAUCAACAUUGGCAUCAACAUGGUGACCUUGCUCUGGAGCCGAUUCCGAGUCAUCUUAUCCCGAGUCUUCUGUGCCUUCUGUGAGAAAGAAGCCCCUAAACCAGCCCCGCCGCCUGAGAAGCAGACCCAGUCCCUUAAGAAGCAGUGCAUCCCUGAAGUCCGCCUGCGAUGUACCAUGGACCCUGUGAAGAUGACCGUGACCCCUCCGCCUGUCCGCCGCCAUCGCCACCGAGGCUCUCUAUCACAGCGGGCGCAGCGUCCCAUCGUUUGGGCCCCUGACACGGAUGACGAUGAGAAACCCUCCCCUCAGCACCCAGCAGUCUGCGCCCACCACUGUGACGGCCCCAAGAACUGGGAAACUUGCCAAUCUGUACAAGGGAUCUGGGCUCCCUGGAUGCAAGAUACCCUGGAGCCAACCCCCACCACCAUCCGCUUCCAGUCCAACGUGGAGGGAAGGCCCAACAAGACGGACUUCCAUUCAGAACUGGGCCUGGAGGCCUACGUGUACCCCGUCAACCCCCCGCCUCCCAGUCCCGAGGCCCCGUGCCAUAAGAACACUGGGGGAGCAGGGGCCGUGGCCGAGACUGAGCCUGCUCAGUGUCAGCCCCAGCCAGCCCUGCCACCCGUCCUGGGCCCAGCUAUCGUCCCCGAAUUUCCCCGGCGCCGCUCCUCAGUCCGAAUAGUUUAUGAUGCCCGGGAUGUGAGGCGGAGGCUUCGGGAACUGACACGGGAGGUGGAGGCCCUGUCCCGCUGUUACCCCAUAGCCUCCGGAUCUAGCACUGCUGAGGGGACAAGUAAAGAUUGGGUGUAUCGUUCCCUGGCUGGCAGGUGA